AUGCAUCUCUUCGUGGUGUGCCUCUUCGGUGUCUGGGGCCUGGCUGCCCCUGAGCAGUACGUGGUGGAAGACAUCUGCACCGCAAAGCCACGCGACAUCCCGGUGAAUCCUGUCUGCAUCUAUCGCAACCCUGAGAAGAAGCCCCAGGAGGGAGAGGAGCCGGAGCCGUGGAAGGGCAAGCUCCCGGAGUCUACUAACCCCCGGGUCUGGGAGCUGUCGAAGGCCAACUCGCGCUUUGCUGUCAUCUUCUACAAGUACCUGGCUGACUCCAAGGACAACGGGGAAAACAUUUUCAUGUCGCCCCUCAGCAUUUCUACAGCCUUUGCCAUGACCAAGCUCGGUGCUUGUGGGAGCACCCUCCAGCAGCUCAUGGAGGUCUUCCGAUUUGACACCAUUUCGGAGAAGACGUCUGAUCAGAUCCACUUCUUCUUUGCCAAGCUGAACUGCCGGCUUUACAAGAAAGCCAACAAAUCCUCAGAGCUGGUGUCGGCCAACCGCCUCUUCGGGGAGAAAUCUCUGGUCUUUAACGAGACCUACCAGAACAUCAGUGAAAUAGUUUAUGGAGCGAAACUCUGGCCCUUGAACUUCAAAGAGAAACCAGAACUUUCUAGGGAGAUCAUUAAUGAGUGGGUGGCUAAUAAGACAGAGAAGCGUAUUACAGAAGUGAUCCCGGCGAGAGGUAUUGAUGAUCUCACUGUCCUGGUCCUGGUCAACACCAUCUAUUUUAAGGGGCACUGGAAAUCGCAGUUCCCAGCCCCAAACACAAAGCUGGAUUUAUUUCAUAAAACGAACGGCGAGACCUGCAAAGUCCCGAUUAUGUACCAAGAGUCCAAAUUCCACCACGCCUCCAUCCCCCAGGACAAAGUCCAGGUGCUGGAGCUGCCCUACAAAGGAGACGACAUCACGAUGGUGCUGGUCCUGCCUACCGCCGGCACGCCGCUGCUUGAGGUGGAGCGAGAGCUGACGUCGGAGAAGCUGCAGGGCUGGAUCGACUCCAUGACGGAGGUCUCUCUCUACGUCUACCUCCCUCGCUUCCGUGUCGAGGACAGCUUCAGUGUCAAGGAGAAGCUGAGAAAAAUGGGGCUGGAAGAUCUCUUCAGUCCGGAAAAUGCCAGGCUCCCAGGUAUCGUUGCCGAGGGCCGUACAGACCUGUACGUAUCUGAGGCUUUCCACAAAGCCUUCCUCGAGGUGAAUGAAGAAGGCAGCGAGGCAUCGGCUGCUACAGCUGUCACCGUCUCCGGCCGUUCCUUCCCCAUGAACCGAGUAAUCUUCAAUGCCAACAGGCCCUUCCUGCUUUUCAUCCGGGAAGCCGCCCUCAACACAGUCAUCUUCAUGGGCAGAAUAGCUGAUCCUUGCUCCUAA